AUGCUUGUCGCGACACCCCCGGGGCUUCGCCCCUGCUCGUCGCCGCGCCCCCUGGGCGCCGUCCCUGCUCGUCGCGACGUCCCCGGGGCGUCGCCCCUGCUCGUCGCGGCGCCCCCUGGGCGCCGUCCCUGCUCGCCGCGACGCCCCCGGGGCGUCGCCCCUGCUCGUCGCGGCGCCCCCGGGGCGUCGCCCCUGCUCGUCGCGGCGCCCCCUGGGCGCCUUCCCUGCUCGUCGCGGCGCCCCCGGGGCGCCUUCCCUGCUCGUCGCGGCGCCCCCGGGGCGUCGCCCCUGCUCGUCGUGGCGCCCCCUGGGCGCCGUCCCUGCUUAUCACGGCGCCCCCGGGGCGUCGCCCCUGCUCGUCGCGGCGCCCCCUGGGCGCCGUCCCUGCUCGUCGUGGCGCCCUCGGGGCGUCACCCUGCUCAUCGCGGCGCCCCCCUGCAGCAGCUGCCUCGGAGCCCCGCCCUGCAGCAGCUGCCGCGGAGCCCCCUGCCGCUGUCGCGGCCCCGCCCUGCAGCUGUAUAG